CUUCCGGUUUCACCUCAGUUACUUUUUGAAGUUCAGACUACAGAUUGAUAAUGGCAUGAUGAUGAAUGAUACACUGCAGGAUUGUCACGCUGUCACAAAUUAACUUUCGUUCCUAAAAUGGCGUUUGUCAGAUGAUUUCGUGAGCAACUUGACAUUAAUUUUACGAGCUAGACCGAGUUUUUUCUGCGAUAGAGAGAGAGAGAGAGAGAGAGAGAGAGAGCAGAGAGAGAGAGAGAGAGAGAGAGAGCAGAGAGAGAGAGAGAGAGAGAGAGAGAGAGAGAGAGAGAGAGAGAGCAGAGAGAGAGAGAGAGCAGAGAGAGAGAGAGAGAGAGAGACCGGGACCCGACCCAGCAUCAUGCCCGAGGUGUCGAAGAUGAAGAAGCCUGACGUCAAGGUUGUUCUCCUGGGAGACAUGAACGUGGGGAAGACGUCGCUUCUCCACAGGUACACGGAGAGGAAGUUCAAAGACACCAUCAGCACCGUCGGAGGGGCAUUUUUCCUCAAACAGUGGGGACCCUACAACAUCUCAAUAUGGGACACUGCUGGUCGUGAACAGUUCCACGGGUUGGGCUCAAUGUACUGUCGAGGUGCAGCCGCUGUCAUCCUCACUUAUGACGUCACCAACUGGCAGAGCCUAGCUGAGCUGGAGGAGCGCUUCCUGUCCCUGACUGAUACUGCUAACCAUGACUGCAUUUACGCUGUAGUGGGCAACAAGGCCGAUCUCACAGACCCUAAAGCCCAGCUGUCCCAGGUCUCGGAUAUGGCGUCUGAGGACCGAAGUGAUUAUGAGGAGAGCAUAGAACCACAGGUGCUGUCUGCUUGCCCCACCCCCCCGGCCUCCCCUGCUUCCCUUUCUGGGAUUACGCUACACAAACAGGUGACCCUCGAAGAUGCAGUGGCUCUUUAUGGGAGAAUACUGCGCUACAAGGGCCUGGAGGAAAAGAGCAGCCUGCCUGCAGAGAAGAUGUGCUUUGAGACGAGUGCCAAGACAGGCUACAAUGUGGACACUCUGUUUGAGGCAUUGUUUGAUCUGGUGCUGCCGUCCAUCCUGAGGAAGAGAAAUGAAAACCAGGAGUCUCCCACAGUCGACCUGGAGGAGUGCAGGGGGGGCAGCAGCAACAAGCGGGCCAGAUCUGCCUGCUGCUAGAGACUACUACCAGCAGAGACUUGUUUUUUACAAAAGGACAAUCAAGAGGUUGGUCUGCGCACCAAAUGUAUACUGUGACUGUAAUACGUAUUUGCCUUGACUGAGACCCAAAAGCAUGAAUGACCUCCCGGUAACACAAACACACAUUCUUGAUUCUGUCAGAAAAAGCACGUAGCGUUCAUCGUGUCCGCUGACAUUUUAAGGAAGGGAAAUAAACGUGUGGUGCGUUUUCACUCUAAGCUUCAAAGCCUUCAACCCCAACGACUGAAACUCCACUUGUAACCCAAAGAUGAGUCAAUCACAGCGUUUCAGAUUGAGAAUGUAACAGCACUAAUUGUUAGGUGGGUGGCACGUUGCACUGUGUUUAUUAUAUUUUUUAGGUUUCCUCAAAUCACUAUUAUUUUAUGCUCUGUUACUAGCAUUGAUACUGAUCUUUAUAUUUUAUAGGCACAUUUUGAACAUUUCAAUGAGUGUAAAUAGUUAAUAAACCUGUCGAAUUAUUAAAUACGCUGAUUGUUUAUUUAAUCUAAGAAGGGACCAUGCACAUACAUUAACAUGAGCACUUGAGUCCGUCAUGUGAAUGUGCCAGAUUGAGCCAUACAUGCUAAUUUUCAUCUGCUGUCAUAAUAAAGAUUUUUAUUUUGCA